AAUGUGGAGUCUCAAGGCGCUGGAGCGGGCCCUGCCCGUCGCUCGCGGCGCGCGCGUGGCGUUCGCCAGCUCGGCUGCUGCUGCCUCUGUGCCCGCCUUCGAGGGCGUGCGCCUCAACAACCUGCGCGACAACGACGGCGCGCACAAGCGCGGCAAGCGGCUGGGUCGCGGUAUCGGCUCGGGCAAGGGCAAGACCUCGGGCCGCGGACACAAGGGACAGAAGGCGCGCUCCGGCGGCGGCGCCGGCCGCGGCCCCGGCUUCGAGGGCGGCCAGACGCCGCUGUACCAGCGCGUGCCCAAGCGCGGCUUCAACAACAAGUUCGCGACGCCCAUGGAGACGCUCAACCUGGACAAGCUGCAGCUGUUCGUGGACAUGGGCCGCCUGGACGCCAGCAAGAAGAUCACGAUGAAGGAGCUCGUGGAAUCGGGCAUCGUCACGUGCUCGCGCGUCAAGCACGGCGUCAAGCUGCUGGGCAACGGCAGCCAGCACCUCACGGCCAAGCUGGACAUCGAGGUCUCGCAGGCAUCCGAGUCGGCCAUCAAGGCCGUGGAGGCGGUCGGCGGCAGCAUCGUGUCGGUCUACCACAACCGCCUAGCGCUGCGUGCGCUGCUCAAGCCGCACAAGUUCGAGACGAUCCCGCAGUCGGCGCGUCCUAACCCGAAGAAGCUCACGUACUACACCAACUAUGAGAAGCGCGGCUACCUGUCGCCGGAGAUUCAGGUCCAGAAGGCGCUGGCGAGCGCCGCCGCCGACAGCAACUCGCAAUAGACGAUAUGUGGGAGUAGGGAUGGAGAGAAAGAAGAGGAGGAGAGGAGAGGCGACGCGACGCUGUGUGAAUGGAGUGGGUGCGCCUGCCUCUCUUUUGAGCCG